AUAGAAUGGGAUAAAGCAUAGUUAUUAGAGGUCGGUUCUCAGUUGAAGCGUUACCCUCGCUGGCGCCGCAUCUCUCCGCAGCAAAGCGCCGCACCUCACCGCAGCAACGCGCCGCACCUCACUGCAGCAGCUCCGUCGCCGGCAACGCCAGUGGGCCUCCAGAAACUGCAGCGUUUGGGACGACGGAAACAGGCUCGAGCUUUGAAACUUUCUGUGCUUUGCUCUGUUUGAAAGUUCUCGAACCCCUCUGUUGAACCCUUAUCGAAACUCCGAAUCCUAAUUAGUUAUGAAUAUUUUUAAGCAAAUUAGCAGCAGUGGUAAUCUCAAUAUCUCUGGCAGAUAGUGCACUCUACUAGGUUACUUUGUACCAGCGCAAGCUCCAAAAAAACUGGUUUUGUGUAGUACUAAAUUCCUAGCACACAAGUCACAAACAUGCAAUCCCCUUCUUCCCUUUACCUCAACAAGACCUUCUUCACGACACACCACCACCACCACCACCACCUUGGCUUCCACCACACCCUCUCUUCCACCCACAAUUCCCUUCCCCCUCUUGGCUUCUUGCCCAAGCCAUCAUGUUCCACAAGGCUUAUAACAGCUCAAGAUUACAGGCCAAACAACCACAAGAGGAAUGAUUACCCCAAAGAGGGUGUGAGGGUGAGGGGCAACAAGGACAAUGUGUGGAGCAUUGAUAAUGAGCUUGCCAAGGCGUCUUCUUCUCAGAAGGAGAAAAGGAGGAAGCAGAGAGGGAGGAGGGUAGUGAGGAGGAAGGGCCCAAAGGGUGGAAGGGUUAUUGUCUCUGGGGCUAUGCUGGUUGAGGUUGAGACUGUUCUUCAGACUCAGGAACCAGUGAUAAAACCAAUUUGGAAUACAUUUGCUAGCAGUCUCAGUGGAAUUUGGAAGGGUGUAGGUGCUGUGUUUUCUCCCAUCACAGCUGAAAUGGAACCAAUGGAAAUAGGUAGCAAGAAUGAACACCUAUAUGACUGCUAUACUCUUUCUCGCAUAGAGGCAGUACCAUCAGUUUCAGGUGAGCGUACAUCUCAAAUCCAGAGAAAGGUUAACUGGGUGACUUUGAAUCCUUAUGGCGAAAUACCACAGCAUAUUGAAGGCAGCAAUGUAGCUAAAGACAAGCAGCACAAAUCCAGCGAUAAUGUAAUUAAUCAUGUUUUGCCUAUAUUUGAAUCAUUUGACUUUAAAAGGAGCGAUGUGAUGGAAGAAGAUGUCAUGGGCUGUGAACCAGGCCUUGUUUACUUUGAAGACGGGUCAUAUUCUCGAGGUCCUAUAGAUAUUCCAGUGGGUGAAUACAAUGAUACAAAGUACUAUAUCUCACCAACUUUCAAGUUCGAACAAUGCUUGGUUAAAGGCUGCCACAAGAGGAUCCGAAUUGUCCACACCAUAGAAUUCAUCAAUGGUGGUUCAGAUAUACAGAUAUUGAGAGUCGCCUUGUAUGAAGAAGAAUGGGUCAGUCCUGCUUCCAUCGAUGACCAGAGUGAUAUGGAGUUCGAUGCAAAGCCAUUUUCACAAAGAAAACGAACCAAGCCAUCAGAGCUAACAGGGUCAUGGAAAGUCUUUGAGGUAAGUGCAACUCCUGUGUAUGAUGAGGAGAGCACGGAAGAAGGCAACGCUGCCCCAUAUGUGUACCUUUGUAUGGAAAAUCUAAAGAAGAGGAGCCUCCCCGAGAACACCAACUACUUUGGCGAGGAGGAGCGGCUUGACAUGCAGGAUGUGACCAUGCUAUGGCUUCCUGGGGGCGUGACAUGCUAUGUUGACAUUAACAAGGAUGGCAUUCUUUGUAUUGGAGUUGGUUGGUACUCUGAUGAAGGGAUCAACCUUGUGAUGGAGAGAGACUAUGGGUUGGAUGGAAAGCUCAAAGAGGUGAGAUGGAAAUCAGAGGUGAAAAGAAGGUGGUCUAAUCCUCCUCCUAUUGAAUAAAUUAUGAGGAAUGGAGGCUUGUAAAGUUUUGUAGUAUGAGAAAUACAAAGAAAAUUCAAUGGUAUACGUACUUUGAGUAUUAUAUAUGAUGUUCUAAAGUGAUUUUUUUUGCAUGUAUAUUUUUAA